UUUUCGAUAUAAGUAGUAGUCAUCAAUUAAUGAUGGAUAGUGAUGUUUUGCCCCACUUUGAUUUUUUCUGAAAUUUUCUCGAGUUGUAGCACAUGUUUUUUUCAUCGAAAUGAAGAAAUACUGUGGUGUUAAUUUUGAAAUUACCAGUCUCCGAAUUUAUACUCGUCUGAAUCAUAUGCUGUUGUUUGCAGGAAAGGUUAGAAAACUAACAAUGAUGACUUUUACCACAAUCGGCAAGAAGGACGAAAAUGAAGAAAACCAUCCCAAGUUGAAGGUCUCCACAACAAACCAAAACUUAGGAGGCAAAGCCGAAAAUAAUAUCUCUGUUAGUUCUUCGCCCGAAACCUAUUCAGGGGAUUUAGACAUAGGUGGAAUGGAUUAUUCUCUAGCAAUAAGAAAACCACCUAUACACAACUAAGAAUUGCUUAUUAAAAACAAAACAAAAAGAAGAAGAAGACCAAGAUUGUCUUAAAAAGUGAUGCAUGUAUAGGUGUUUGGACAGCAUUGCACAAAUGAUGCCACUUGAGGAAGUUUUUUUUAAUUUUUUGUUUCACUUGUAGAUUGUAUAUGUUGUGUUACGAUAUAUUAUGAAGUGAUCAUUGAGAUCAUCAAAUGAUAAGCACUCGUGCUUAAUCAUUUGUAGCCUUUGUAUAAUUUAAAUAACUACAGCUAAGUAUAUCGAGAAAAAAAAAAAAUCAUAUUCCGUUUGUCUUUG